UGGGAUGGACUGGGAUGGACUGGGAUGGACUGGGAUGAACUGGGAGGGACUGGGGUGGACUGGGAUGGACUGGGAUGGACUGGGAUGGACUGGGAUGGACUGGGAUGGACUGGGAUGGACUGGGAUGGACAGGGACACACAGGGAGGGGACAGUGGGACACUGGGGGGGACACGCCGCCACCAGGUCGCGCGCUGGGACAAAAGCCGGACGCGGUGACACCCACGCGCGGCCGCCACGUGACCCGCGGGUGCCACCGCCCCGCCCUGUCCUUGUCCUGUCCCCAGCGUGUCCCCGAGCGGCUCCAUGGCGGUGGCGCUGCCCGCGGUGGCCCCGGCCGCGGUGGCUCUGGCCACCCUGGCGGCGGUGGCGCUGCUGCUGCGGUGGCUCCGGGACGCGCUGCUCGCUGUCACCCGGUUCCGCGCCACUUGUCGCCAGCUGAGCAAGUUCCCGACCCCGCCCUGGCGCAACUGGCUGCUGGGACACACCGGCAUGCUUUCGUGGCCCCCAAGGAUGAAAUGUUCUACGGCUUCCUCAAGCCCUGGCUCGGGGAGGGGCUGCUGCUGAGCCGCGGGCAGCGCUGGGCGCGGCACCGGCGGCUCCUGAGCCCCGCGUUCCACGGGGACGUUCUGCGGGGAUACCUGGGGGUCUUCAACCGGAGCACCCGCCUGCUGCUCGCCAGGUGGGGGGCAGCAGCAGCAGCAGCAGCAGCAGCAGCGGGGGCGCCGCUGGAGCUGGAGGUGCUGCAGCCCCUGAGCCUGCUCACCCUGGACACGCUGCAGAAGUGCAUCUUCAGCCACGAGAGCCACUGCCAGGAGCGGCCCAGCGAGUACAUCCAGGCCAUCCUGGAGCUGAGCUCGCUGGUGGUCCGGCGCCAGCUGCGGCCGCUGCUCCACCCCUGGUGGCUGUACCGGCUCUCCCCCGACGGCCGGCGCUUCGCCCGCGCCUGCGCCACCGUCCGCGCCUUCACCGCCGCCGUGGUGCAGCGCCGGCGCCGCGCCCUCGCCCGCCCCGGCCACCAGGCCUGCCUGGGCGGCCACCAGGGACGCAGCCUGGACUUCAUCGACCGCCUGCUGCUCGCCAGGGAUGAGGACGGCCACACCCUGUCGGACGAGGACGUUGCGGCCGAGGCUGACACCUUCAUGUUUGAGGGCCACGACACCACGGCCAGUGGCCUGGCCUGGCUCUUGUACAACCUGGCUGGCCACCCCGAGCACCAGGAGCGGUGCCGCCGUGAGGUCCAGCAGCUCCUGGCCGGCCGGGACACUGCGGACAUCGAAUGGGAGGACCUGUCCCAGCUGCCCUUCACCACCAUGUGCAUCAAGGAGAGCCUGCGGCUGCACCCUCCUGUCACGGCCGUGUCCCGGCGCUGCACCGAGGACGUCCCCCUGCGUGACGGCCGUGUCAUCCCCAAGGGGGUCACCUGCCUGAUAAGCAUCUACGGGACCCACCACAACCCAGAGCUCUGGCCCGAGCCUGAGGUGUUCAAUCCCCUGAGGUUCAGCCCAGAGAACAGCAAGGGACGGUCCCCGUCGUCCUUCAUCCCCUUCUCUGCUGGCCCCAGGAACUGCAUCGGGCAGAGCUUUGCCAUGGCUGAGAUGAAGGUGGUGGUGGCCCUGACGCUGUCCCGGUUCGUGCUGCGGAGGGACGCGGCGAGGCCACCCCCGCAGCGCAAGCCCGAGCUGAUCCUGCGAGCCGAGGACGGGAUCUGGCUGCUGCUGGAGCCGCUGCGGGGAGGGGCCUGAGGGACACGGGCCACCAGAAGGUGGGGACAUCCCGCCAGGUGAAGGGAUGAAGAAAAAUGAAAGAAAAUCAAGGCCCAAAUAAAAGGAUUUACCUGUC